AUGCCUCAACGACACAAGUUCAACAAACUCGAGGGCGCUCGCGUCUUGGUUCUUGGAGGAACAUCAGGUAUCGGUUUCGCCGUCGCUCAAGGCUCUCUCGAAUAUGGCGCCUCAGUCGUCAUUUCUUCUUCCAACCCCCAAAAGGUUGAAAGGGCCGUAUCUCGCCUCCGCGAGGGCUAUCCCGAGCUCUCAUCGCGCGUCUCUGGCCAGGCAUGCGACCUAUACAACAUUCCGACAAUGGAGGCCAGCAUUAACUCGCUUUUUACUUUCGCCACCAAAGACGGAAAGAAGAUCGACCACCUCGUCAACACAGCCGGCAGCCCUGGUUACGCCCCGUCGCUAUCUGAAAUCACACCUGAGCAAAUCGGGACCAGUGAUCGGCUUGCCGGUAUUAUGAUGCUUGCUAAGCAUGCUCCCAAAUACAUGGAAACCGGGCCUCAGACGAGCAUCACCCUAACAACUGGGACCAUGCUCUUCAAGCCGGUCAAAGAUUUCGUCACCGCUAUCCCAUGGGCUGGUGCAGUCGAUGCAGCCUCGCGCGCGCUCGCUAUUUCGCUGGCACCGUUGCGUGUCAAUGCAGUGGCCCCUGGCGCCAUAGAUACCGAGCUCUUGCAAUCGAUGGGCAAUGGAAAUGAAGAAAUAAAGGAGGCUACAUACAAGCUGUUCCGGGAUACCAACUUGCUAGGUACCCUAGGACGGCCGGAGGAUACUGCCGAGGCAUAUCUGUAUCUGAUGAAGGAUCGAUUUGUUACUGGUCAAACUAUCCUGACCGAUGGUGGAAGACUCCUCAAGUAG